AUUGCCAUUCCUUCCAUACUCAUAAUUCUUUCGAUAGGAUGUCCAAAGAUUCUCCACAUUCUACUCUUUCCAAAAGUUUUCAAGUACUUUGUUUUCUCACUCUAGUGGUUACUUUAUGUAUUUUGCCAACUGAAACCUGCAUCCGAAUUAUCAACGACCCUUCACUGUUCGGCUUAUUCUUGACAAGUCCCAAGGAAUGGAAAACUUCUUGGUCUUUUAUUCUUUCAUAUUUCCUCAACCGGCAAAAACGAGAUCCCUUAUAUACAGGUUUGGUUGAUUAUGUAAGAAGAGUGUUGGGAAGUCGUCAGGAGUUUCGCAAUGUGUUUUGGAGUAUUUCGUUAUGUAUUCCUUUUUUCUUGUCAGAACUUCCUUGUUUGGUAAAGUCUCCUUGGGGUAUAUUCCAAAUAAUGGCUUCGACUACUUUGCAUGUUCUGUAUCUCCUCAUACCUUCUGUACUUGAGGCAAUUCUUGAAUGUGGCAACGUAAGUGAUCCAGUGAAAAGAAUCGUAAGUGAAAGGAAGCCCGGUUUCUUCUUAUGCAGUUUUGCUUCUUUCCUUUCCUGGCCAGGAGCAGAUUGGAUACCUUUAUUGUUACUUUAUCUUCCAGUUGAACUCAAACUGUUACCCAAGUUUCACAAACCUGUGAAACUUCCUUGGACUAUGGUGAUGGGUAGUUUGUGUCUCGUUCUCACUUCCAAUAUGUUGCCAACCUCUUCUUUGGCGGAAAACUCUGUACGAGCUCCUUACUCUUGGGAUCUUACUCUUGUCGAUUGGCAGUGGUCCAUUGCUGGUUUCAUUUUUAUAGCUGUGUUUUGUAACAUAAUUGGAUGGGAGUUGGGGUUUGUGGAGUGGAAUCCUCCAAACUUUAGCCACUUUUCGUUCAUUCAACUAUUUCGUUGGUGUAUGCUAGCGCUUACCAUAUUUCUUGGCGCGUUGCCUGAAGAGAUUCUCUUUCGUGGAUUCAUUUUACGCAAACUACAAACAAGUUAUUUUAGAAAAGACUCCUGGUAUUGGUCCCUGUUGGUAUCUUCUCUAUUGUUUGGUAUUAUCCACUUGAAGAAUCCUUUGGAUCAUUUCCCACUACCUAAUUGGCGCUUUGCACUGAUGGCAACCGUUGCAGGUUUUUCUUAUGGCUUGGUAUUUCAGCAGACCCAUUCCAUCGUAGCAAGUGCUUUGACACAUGGUUUGACAAACUUGGUAUGGAGAACUUUUUUAUGGAAGAAGAGUAAGAACCCUUUAUGAACUGUUUCUUAUAAACGAGAACUUGAAAUG